AAUCUGAGAAGAUACUUUCUGUACACGAGUUAACUAUCAAGGCUAAUCGGCGGCCGCGUCACUACAAGUUGCACGAAUAUGGCGCUAUAAGUUAUGGUACGAUGAUCGCUGCGAUCAUAACAUUUAUACUUUGACCUUGAAUAUUCUUCAGAGUUUCCAGAAGCAAGAGGAAAACAAGUUUAGGCAGCCAAUGGAAGGGCAGCUUAUGAAAUGGACUAAUUACAUGAAGGGGUGGCAGUACAGAUGGUUUACGCUUGACCCUGAUGCAGGCAUCUUUGACUAUUAUGUGGAUAAAGAGAAAAUGAAGCAAGGCCCUCGGGGCUCUGUUAACUUGGCUGGGGCUAGUGUCUGUCCAAGUGAUGAGGAUUCAUUCACCUUCAGUGUUAAUGCUAUCAAUGGAGAUGUUUUCAAGCUGAGAGCCAACAAUGCAAAAGAAAGACAACACUGGAUCAACACCCUUAGAAGUGUAGCUGAGUUCCACACCCAAAACAUGGCUCCUAUUGUUCCUCAAAGUGUCACCCUGUCACCGUCAUUAGGCAGUAUUCAAUCCAGCCAGCCUUCCCAACCAUCUGAUAGCUCAUCAGCAAUAACAGAACCAGUCAGUGAGGCCAGUGAAGAAACAGAGAACAGCACACAGUCGUUCUUCAAGAGGGGACAUAAACCAUUCAGUCAUGUGCCAGCCAACAUAAAUAGCGACUUGGCUGGGAUCCGCGAGAUCCUGCACUGCAUAGAAGAUGAUCAGAUUACAAUGAUUGAUCAAUUGGAGCUUGAGCCUCUAGCUGAAGAGUCUAUUUAUCCUCUUGAUGAGGAUGUUUUGCUGCUUAAGGCUACAGCACAGUCCACUUUGAGCUCCCUUCAUCACUGCUUCUCCAUACUGCAGAGAAGGGUUGCAGAGGUUCAAAGUGAGGAAAUGCCUCAAGGCGGUGGUGUAACUCUAGAGUGGCUGGAGCCUUCAGAAUCAAGUAGCCCUACCCCCAAGCCUGCGCCGAGCAAGCCGAGUCCUGACAUGAGGCAUUUACGGUCCUUGCGCACCCCUGGCACCCCCAAGAAUCAGGCGAAGCAACCAGAGAGGAGUGGAGCAGACGAUGCGACUGAAAACCCUAGCGUGUCUUGCUGUGAACAAGCUUUAAUCAGCAUGGACAAGAAUGCUGGUGUCCUGUGUCGCAAUGGCGAGGUGACUGAUGAAGUGGUGUACAGCUCAGGUGAGGAACCUGAGCACCAGAGUGUCGAGGAGCACAAGAGUGUCAUUCUGCACUUGUUGUCACAGCUCAAACUCGGGAUGGACUUGACAAAGGUUGUUCUUCCCACCUUCAUCCUCGAGCCUAGAUCGCUACUUGAGAUGUAUGCCGACUUCUUCGCUCAUCCAGAUAUGUUUAUUAGGAUCGCUGAUGGUCUAACUGCGGAAGAUAGAAUUCUAGCGGUUUUAGAAUUUUACUUGACGUCGUUCCAUGUGGGAAGGAAAGGCUCUCUGGCGAAAAAGCCGUACAACCCGAUUCUCGGCGAGACGUUCACGUGUUCGUGGGAUGUUCGUGAGGAAUGCAGCACGGGAAUGGAGAGGAACCCCCUGAAUCUGGCUAAUGACGUGUCAGUCAUGGAAGAUGACAGGGGGUUACGGUUUGUGGCUGAGCAGAUCUCCCAUCACCCUCCAGUGUCUGGAUUUUAUGCAGAAUGUCCUCGUAAGAAGAUCUGUUUGAACGCGCAUAUAUGGACCAAGUCGAAAUUCUACGGGAUGUCUAUUGGAGUUGCUAACGUAGGCGAGGCUGUGAUAACAUUACUCGAACACGAAGAGGAAUACCACUUCACGUUCCCGAGCGCAUUUUGUAGAUCCAUUCUGACUUUCCCGUGGGUGGAGCUAGGCGGUAAGCUGCACAUCACAUGUCCCAAGACCGGAUACAACGCCUCCGUCACGUUUCACACCAAGCCCUUCUACGGCGGCAAGCUGCACCGGGUCACGGGCGAGGUGAAGAACGCAUCAACGGGCAAGGUCAUCUGUAAGGUGGCAGGCGAGUGGAAUGGCAAGAUCGAGUUUAACUACACAAGCAAUCAGGAACAAGCCAAGGUGAUCGACACGAAAACCCUCAAGGUUUACCACAAGCGCGUGCGCCCAGUCCUUAGUCAGGAGGACAACGAGUCACGGAGACUAUGGCACACGGUCACAUCAGGGCUACGCUCCAAAAACACCGUCUCAGCAACCGAAGCUAAGCACGCGCUUGAAGAAAAACAAAGGAAAGAGGCACGAGAACGGGCGGAGACUGGUGCCGAGUGGAAACCACGUAUGUUCCACCGUCACAAUGAGGGCUGGCGGUUCAAUCAGCACCUCUCGCGACGACAGUCUGAGUCGGACACCAAGGAAGCUGCUGCCAGUUGAACACGGCGUUCAGAACUAAUUCAAAUGAACUAAUAAUUACGUACGGCUUAUUGCUCUACCGAAGUUACGAAGAUGUUGGAAUGUAUACAAUUUAAGCAGUAAACGAAUAGAGGAGAUUAGUAUUGGUGCAAAACGCAUCGCCCGUCUGUUUUUAGUGGCCUGUCCGGAAUGUUUCUGCUAGUCAGUAUUUCGUUUUUUGUUGUUGUUUUUGUUGUUGUUGUUGUUUGCUUGUUCAUUUAUUUGUGCAAAUUUAGGACGAAAUAAAAGCCACAAGAACAUUGACAGGAAAAAUGACAUUGACAGUGACAUUUUUUGCUUUUGUAGCCUGUUGUUUGAUAAUUCGGUUUGUUCCUAUUUUUAUUGUAAGUCAAUUUGUAAGCUUUGAGUGGUUUUUUUAAACACGUGAAAUACUUAUUAGUUUAUUUAGUACUAAUACACUGUUAUGUCUUUGUUCUCUUUUGUUACGGCUUGACUAUUUAACAAUUACAUUUUGUUGCACGGGAUUUUGAAAACCACCCAUUGUUUGUGGUAUUCUUACUUUGUUUUUUACUUUGUUUCUAUUAUAAUCCUCCAUAUGGGAUCCAGUCGUCAGAGCACGUAAACAGAAGAAUAUAUAUAUGACAAGCUUAUAAAUUUAUACAUCCAAGAAAAUAUUGCCGCAAUCCCAGAACAAUAACAAAUUGCUGUUUGUGAAGCAAAAUCGCAAUUAGAAGAUAUUAAAAGAGGAGAAAAUAAAGAUUGCAUUUUGUA